ACCUCCACAAAUCCCCCUCCAAUCAAAACCAUACACGUCAUAUCUUAUAACACGUGGCAGAGAGAUUCAGGUCCAGCGUUUGAGAUACCGUGGAAAUAUCAACACCUGAUCAUAACCCAACCGAAAACACAGCACCGGAGGAAGAUAGAAAAGAAGAAAAAGGGUUCGCUUAAACGUCUCUCUCUCUCUCUCUUCGCUCUCAAGGUUUCUUUCUCUCUCUUCAUUCUCUGCUUCGUUUCGCCAUAACUCUGUAGCGAGAGAGAGAGAGAGGAAGAAUCCAUGAGCAUGUUCAACCCACCCAACUACUGAUCUUCUCGUUGUUCACGAGUUGUAGCUUCGUUUCUCGGUUUUCCCUUUUUUCGUGAUUUGGUUGUUGUUGAAGAUGUUGGUAGCUAAUAGUUUUGAUCUAUGGCGGAAGGACGCUUUCUUCUCCGCCGCGGAGGAGGUGCAGGAAUCAGCUGAUAUAAUGGAGUCUGCAUACAGGGCAUGGUUGAGAGAGAGGAGAGAAAGUUCUAAUCAUGAGGAAUUGAAUCAACUAUGCAGGGAGCUGCAAACUGCUCUAGGUACUGCAAAAUGGCAGUUGGAAGAAUUUGAGAAAGCGGUUAGACUAAGCUACCGACAUCUUGGAGAUGACAAUACAGCCAAUAGGCACAGGCAGUUUAUUACUGCCAUUGAAAGCCAAAUUUCCCAGGCUGAAGCAGCACUGAGGGAAUCUUAUAUCGAGGAAGGUAAGCAACCCCUUCGGUGGGUAAAUCUGGAUGAAGAAGAGCGAGAUGAUCUGGCUGCAUUUCUAUCUGGAAACUGUGAGACCAUGCAAAACUUUAAAGAUGAAUGCAUUGAGGUUGCUUCUUCAAGGAAAAGCUCACUUCGGGAAAAACAAGUCAACAACGAAGACAAAAAUGCAAGUGUAAAUGCUUUCUGCAACUGGGAUGUCUCUACUAAUAAAAAUGCUUCUAAGGACGUCAUCGCUGUUAACAAGGAUACAGAUUAUGUGGUAGAAAUAAAAGCAGAUGCUGUUUCUGGAAAUAGUGAUGAUAUAGUUUCUCAAACAGAUAGAACAACUAGUACGAGGAAGACAUGGGGUCCCCCAAAUUAUGGUGCUUUAAAAAUUAUAAUUGCUGAUGAAGAUGAGCAGAGAAAUAAACCUACACGGACUGUUGAUGCCACCCCUAAAGAGAAAGGAUUCAAACCUAUAUUCUGGAAACAAAAAUGUGAAGAAUAUCCGCAGGCCAUGCGAGCAGUUCAAAUGUUAAAUCAGCUUUUUGGUCGCUUUGGUUCACGCCAGAGACAAGUUCAAAAUCCACUGCACUUGCGAAAUGGUUGUUCUAUUAAAGUUACUCUUGCUCUAAUGUUGACCAUUUUUCUCAUUGUUCCCUUUGUUCUUUAUUCAACUUGAGCUAAACGGCUUAUUCACUCAAUCAGUUCAAGAGGGCUUUGCUUUUCCUCAUUGAUGAUGACAAGGAGGUCACUGGCUAAAGGAACAGUCAAAGGCAAUCAGUGUCACCUUCCAUGUUGUGAUUUAUGAAUGAGAUUGAAGAUGAAAUUACCUCUGUGGAUAUUGAUAGGAUAACCAACCUACAUCCUACAGUGAUAGAAAUGUCUAUUUUAGUUUCCCGGGGAUUUUAAAUGUAUAUACAUUCAUCUAAUAUUUAAUCCAAGUUCCACGGUUUGGUCGCAAGAUAAUAAUGCAGCCUACAAAGUUAAUGUGACUAAUUAAAUAUUAUUUCAUCUUGGAAAAUUCAUGAAAAACUCUUGGUUUAGAA